UUGGAUGCUUUUAGACAUCUCCGGAACCUUUUUUGGGGGUUCGGUAAGAAACCGAUUUUUUUUAGAGUGUAUCCCCUUGUGAAAAUGAACAAGGUGAAAAAAGGGGUAGGACAUCAGGUGAUAAUGAAUAUGACCUUCAAUUUAAUGAUCAUGGAACACCAAAAAGAACAAAAUCAGUUCAACGAAAACCACGUACAAUUACCAAUUCUUCUUAUAUAGCGACAACUACAACCAAUAAGAAUUUUUCUCUUCAGAGAAUGGACGACGUUAACAACCAUUUACUUAAUAAACAGAACGAUACAAUAGUUAGUUCUGAAGGAAAUUAUAAUAAUAAAUUUAAUAUUACAAAUGAUACGGUUGCAUAUUCAGUUGAUCAAUUUUUUCCACCUAUUAAAAUCACAUGUGAACCAAAAGUAAAUGAACAUAAAGAUGGUGCAAAAAUUAUCAAGAGAUUAUUCAAACUCAUUGUUGAUGAUUUUAAACAAAUUAAUCCGAAGCAUAAUGAAGUUAUUGGAUUCGAAUCGUGGUAUAUUGACAUUAACGGCAAUUUACAAUGUAUUACUCGUGAUGUCGAAUUAUUUAUAUAUUUAUGUGAUGUUAAACAUAUUCCUAAUAUGUUAUUGGAUACAAAAAUAAUGGUGGUUUUACCAAAACAUUUACCUAGCCAACGCUCUGUUAUUAUUAAAGAUGUACCCAUCACAUUUAGUAUUGAUGAUGUUAAAAAUGAAAUUAUAAAUAAAUAUAAGUCGAUGUAUUCAAUUACAGAAUUAAUAGAUACAAAUAAUGGUAGAACACGAUAUCUACGACUCGAUUUAACUGACACAAAUGAAUAUAACCAAUUACUUAAUUCUGGAAUAAUAUGUAUCGAUGGUCAAUGUUUACAUGUCUUUGAAUAUCUUGCAGCACCUCGUGUUCUUUUUUGUUCAAUGUAUAAUCUUCCAGACCAUAACAAAAAGUAUUAUAAUUUUACAUUUAAUCGUUGUAGGAGAUGUGGAGAAGAUAGAAAAAAUGGCGAUCAUAAAAAUUGUGCUAUUAGUUGUCAUAACUGUGAAGGGGAACAUGUUUCCACUGAUUUUAGGUGUCAAACUGUUCAAAAUUAUCGGCGUGAUCUUAUACAUUAUCUUAAGCAACAUGCCGAAAGAUUGCCUACAGAUACACAUUUUUUUAUUCCUUCUCAAUAUCGUUCAUAUGGUAAGAGUGUUCUAUAUAAUAGACGUUCAUAUGCUCAAUUGAUGACCAUGCCACCUAAUAGGAAAUACCAGCUUAACAAUGAUGAGUGGCCUUCGUUACCACCUCCUACACGUCCCACCAUCAAUUAUUCUAAUUACACUAGAUCAUCUUCAUCAGAUGCUAUUAAAAAUUUACAACUACAACUGAAUCAUUUAGAUAAAUGCUGUUCUAUUAAUAAAAAAAAUAUGGAAAUAAAAUCACAACUUAAUGAAAGUUUAGCACAACUAAAAUCAUUAAAUAUCUGCUUCUCUACCAUCAUUCAACAUCAAAAUGAAACUAUUAUUAUGCUUAAAGAUACUAUUAAUGAAUGUUUAGAAAUUAAUAAAUACACCAUCCAAGCUGUAUGUUUAAUGAUGACAAAAUCAAGUGAUCAGCAAUAUGAAGAAAUCAUAAAACAAAUAUCAAAUAUUCCAAUUGCUGAACGUCAAUCGUCAACUGAUAAAAUUUUCUCAACUUAUACACCUCUUAUUGAUGAACUUACGUCGAAGAUUGUGGCAAUUACAAAACAAAUGCAAGUAUUAAAUGACUAG